UAUGUAGGCGCCUAUAAAAACGAGGUAGGAGAUGUCGAUCGACAUAUCUGCAAGAAGCUAGCAAGAAGCAAAACAAACAAGCUAGUGAAGGUGAAGGAGAGAGAUCGAAAGGGAAUUAGGGAAGGAAGAAGGGAAUAAUGUCGGGAGGAGGGGUGUGGGUGUUCAGGAACAACGGGGUGAUGCAGCUGGAGGAGCAGGCGACGAGCAGGAAGGCGUUGGUGCACGUGGCGACGAACGAGGUGGUGCGGUCGACGGAGGCGCUGGAGCGGCGGCUCGGGGCGCUGGGGUGGGAGCGCUACUACGAGGACCGCGCCACCCUGCAGCUCCACCGCCGCGACGGCAGCGCCGACCUCAUCUCCAUCCCCCGCGACUUCUCCCGCUUCCGCUCCACCCACAUGUACGACAUCGUCGUCAAGAACCGCGACCACUUCAAGGUCGUCGACCUCCAACCCUAAUCCAUCCCUCCCCCCUCCCUUCUUCUCCAUUAAUCCACCACUACUCUUCCCUCUCUCUCUCUCUAAAUAUAUAUAUAUAGAGCUUGGUGUGCUGGCUUGGUUUGGGUUAUUUUGUUAAUUUCUACGUCAGAUCGGUUCAGCUGAUCUUUCUACAUAUAUAUGUACCUGCUGGUGGUAGUGAUUAAUACAAUAUUGUGAUGUAAUUAAGUGCGUAAUAAUGUGCACUGUGUGCUCGGUUGGUAUGAUUGUAGUUAAAUCUUGUGUAAUAUAUGGUUUCAUAUGUAUGUAUGAUUGUACAUCUUAAUUAUCAUCAAAUAUUGCUUAA